AUGUCUAUGUACUCUCGCGAGCUUUCAGCCAUAAGGCCUGGAACAUAUCAGACCCAGGGCUCUGGCGCUCCUUUAGUAUCGCAGCAGUCUAUUAUUAGUGAGCGAGUUGUAGAGCAUGAGAUUAAAGUGCCGAAGAAAGUGGUUCGUGAAGAAAUAGUAGAGAAGGUGGUGGUUGUCCCUGAGAAGGUGGUUGUGGAGGAGGUUGUGGAGGAGACGCAGACGGUGCAGGAGCGUAUUGUGGAGGUGGCGCGGCCCGUGGUGACUGAAAAGUACGUGGAGGUGCCGAAGAUCGAGUAUCGGGAAAAGAUUGUACAUGUCCCGGAAGUGAUUGUUCAGGAGGUGAUUAAGAAGGUGCCGCGCCAUGAGGUGCGAGAGAAGGUGGUGGAAGUCCCGCGGACGGUCUACCGCGAUAAGAUCGUGGAAAUACCUGACAUCGAGUACGUGGAAGUGCCCGUAGAAAAGGUGGUGGAGGUACCGAACUAUAUCGAGAAAGUAGAAUAUCGCGAGGUAACAGUCCCGCAGUACGUAGAGAAACCCGUACCCCAUUACGUAGACGUCGAAGUCCCACAGGACAUAGAUCGCAAUGUACCCAUUCCUCUAGAGGCAACCACCACCUACGAAUUCCUACUACCAAAACUCAAAGCAAAACCCACCAGAGUUGAAAUACCAAUCUACGCACCGCGAUUCGUUGAAGUUCCGGUCCCUCAGGAACUUAUGAGUGCACAAGACAUCGCUGCCGCCGAAAACUUGUCCCGCCAGAUUAAUUCGCUAGCACAACGACAAGCACCCAGCCUCUGCGAAAUUGAGGAGCUCGUUAAAACCGCCCAGCUCGCAAAUUUCAACCAAUGCAUUAAUCAAGACAACCUGCAAUCCAAUAUUCAAUCCGCCUGGAGGGACGGAAGACUCCACAUCACACCCAGCCCACACUACUAA